AUGGGCAAGCACGACAAAAAGUCGGGCAAGGGCCGUUUGGACAAGUUCUACUGGCUUGCCAAAGAGCAGGGCUACAGGGCACGUUCAGCAUUUAAGCUCGUGCAGCUGAACAAAAAAUAUGGGUUCCUCGAGAAUGCACACUGCUGCAUCGAUUUGUGCGCCGCCCCAGGUGGCUGGCUCCAAGUCGCGAGCAAGCAUAUGCCGCCGCACAGCCUAAUUGUUGGCGUGGAUUUGGUACCGAUCAAGCCAAUCCCGCGAUGUAUCACGUUUGCCGAAGAUAUCAAUUCGUUAAAGUGCCGUGACCAGCUGCGUGCAAAUUUAAAAGACUGGAGUGCAGACGUCGUACUUCACGACGGUGCACCGAAUGUCGGUGCCGCAUGGGUCCAAGACGCAUAUGCACAGUCGGAACUGACGCUCCAGGCGCUUCGGCUUGCAGUCGAGUUUCUCACGCCGGGCGGCACAUUCGUGACCAAAGUAUUCCGGUCCAAGGACUAUAACAAUUUGAUGUGGGUAUUUAACCAGCUCUUCCACCACGUUGAGGCGACCAAGCCACCGUCCUCGCGUAACGUAUCUGCCGAGAUUUUCGUUGUGUGCCAGCGGUUCAAGAACAUCGCACGGAUCGACCCCAAGUUUCUCGAUCCGCGCUUUGUGUUCAAAGAGCUGGACACGGCAAAGAGCGAGGAAAUGAAUGGCGUAAGCUCACACAAUCUUUUGGAGAAUGUAAUGAACCCAGAAAAAGUGCGCCGCAAGCGUGAAGGUUACGAAGAUGGCAACUAUACCCUGUACAAGACGAUUGGCGCCGAUGCAUUUAUCCGCGGCGCAGACGCUAUUGCGAUGCUUGGCACGUACAACCGCAUUACGUUUGAUACCGACGCGGACAAGGCGCUUCUUUCCAAUCCAGCCACGACGGCGGAUAUCAAAGCAAACUGCGAGGAUCUCAAGCUUUUGGGACGCGGCGACUUUGCGACACUUUUCAAGUGGCGUAAAACGAUUCGCGCGGCGAUGCAAAUGGACCGCCCCACAACAGACGAGAGUGUUGAGGCACAAACGGUCGAGAUUGAGCCGAUGAAUGAGGAAGAGGCGAUUGACGAGGAGCUUGUGCGUCUUAAAGAGGAAGCAGCGAAGCGCACAAGGAAAGAUCGCCGCAGGCGGAACGAGGCGCGCAACAAGACGCUGCAGAAAUUACAGCUGAAUAUGACCACCAAUAUGGACAUCGGCCAGGACUGGACGGACGAUGCAUUGAACGGCGGCGACGAAAUGUUUAGUCUCGAUCAUGUCGAGGGCAAGUCGGGCGCUGCGCGCAAUGCGAACUUGCUAGAUGCGGCAGAUGCAGUUUCGGAUGAAGAGGAGGCACCGAGCGCAGAGGAAAGCGACGACGACAGCGAACCCCUCGACGAUCGCGAGCGACGCGCUUUGGAGCUGGAAGCGGGCAUGGAUGCAAUGUAUAAGCAGUACCAGGAGCAUUUACAGAUGCGCGACGCUAAAUUCCGCGCAAGGGAGGCGCGGCGCAAGUCUGGCAAGUACGAAGAGUGGGGCGGAAUCGAUGCCGAGAAGAAGGAGAGCGACGAGGAGUCGGACGGAGGCGAAGAGGGCUUUGAUUCCGUCAAUCGCCGCAAGUUCCACGAGGAUACGUACGAUUCAGACGAUGCAGAGGACGACGAGGAUGAGCGUGCUGAGCUGCAAGGGACCAAGGUUGAAAAUCCGCGCAAGAAGCAUGCUGUACAAGCGUCGCUGCUUACUUCACUCGAGUCCAACGAAGAGGUUGGGCUGCGCAAAAAUGCAGCGUCGUCGCUUUGGUACGAUAAUCCCAUCUUUCAGGAUAUGAUCCCUAUGGAAUCGUUUGCAUCGGGUCAGCACGACCAAGAGGAAGACGAGGAGGAGGAGGAAGAGGGCCAAGAAGAGGACGACGAAGAAGAGGGCCAAAUCGAGGAAGACGAAGCUGAGGACGAGGUCGAGGAGGAAAACAGCGACCAAGCAUAUGACAAUGACCUCGAGAUCGUGCCUUCUGAAUAUGCUACCACCGUUCCCGACGGGGCCUGGGAUAUCAACGACGAAGACAUCGACGCAAAGAAACAUGCUCGCAUUGCCAAGCAUGGCCUGCACACCGAAGAGGCCGCGUCGCUUGCACAUGCACUUGUCAACCGCCAAAUGACCAAGUCGGAUUUGAUCGACCGCGGCUUUAGCAAGCAUCACUUCAACGACAAGAUCGGCGCGCCCGAAUGGUUCCUCGAAGACGAAAACAAGCAUUACCGCGCGAAUAUUCCCAUUUCAAAAGAGGCCGUAGAGGCGCUUCGCGCCAAACAACGCGCGCUGGACGCUAGGCCCAUCAAGAAGGUCGCAGAGGCAAAGGCACGCAAGAAGCACCGCGUGGCCAUGCGCCUGGAAAAAGCACAGAAACGUGCCGAUGCGAUCAACGAAAACACAGAAUUAUCGGAGCGCGAGAAGGCCGAGAACAUCAACAAGAUCAUGGCCAGGAAUAUGGCGAAGAAGGCCGGCGCAGAGCACAAGGCGCCGCAGUUGGUCGUUGCCAAAGGCGUAAAUCGCGGCGUCAAGGGCAGGCCUAAAGGGACCAAGGGCCGGUACAAGAUGGUCGAUCCGCGUAUGAAGAAGGAGCUGCGUGCAAACAAGCGUGUAGCCCAGCGCGAUGGCAAACGCCGCAGCUCCGGCCACAAGAACCGCCGUAUCCCCAAUGGAUACUGA